UUUAUUUGUACACUGAAAUGUAAAGCUUGGAAUUUAAGCGAAAACUGAGGUUCUGGGCUGAAUAAUGUGCACAAAUGCCAGUUUAUUCUCUGCUGCUUUGGAAACAUCAUUUUAAAAUAGAACGGUCUGUGUUUGGGGAUAUUCCCACAGGGUUCUGUGAGAGCAGUACUUGUUCCUCUCAGUGGGACGGAAGGCGGUUUGGGACAAGCUGAGGGCAGCCUGCCCUCCUGGCCUCCUUUCACUCCCUUUGCUCUUCCCUCCCACCCCUGCUGUGGGUCAGUGUUCAGUCAGUCAAAGGAGAUGGCAUCUCAGUGCUCCACUUCCCUGUCCUUCUGGAAGUUGUUAUGAUAGAUUGCCCCACCCUUAAUUUGGUCCUAAUCUCAGUGGAUAGAUAGUGCAUAGAUGCCCAUGUAUAAAUCUUGCUGUCAACCCUUAAUUGCUGGUUGGCCCCGGCCGCAGUCUCACCCACAGCUGGUCCCCAAGUUUGGUCAGUUUUACCUUGGAAGUGUUUCCUUUGCCUGUCCCACCCACCGACUUACAGUGUUGUCUAAUGUUUAUUGAGCUCAUACAGUGCCUGGCCCCAUGCUGAGCUCUUUGCGUGGAUUAAUCACAACAACCCUUCACGAUACAGAAGCUCUAAAAGUGAAGAGACCUCGUUUUGAUGUAUCACUGGUUUAUUUAACUCGAAAAUUUAUGGAUCUUGUCAGAUCUGCUCCUGGGGGUAUUCUUGACUUAAACAAGGUUGCAACAAAACUGGGAGUACGGAAACGACGAGUGUACGACAUCACCAACGUCUUAGACGGCAUCGACCUGGUCGAGAAAAAGUCCAAGAACCAUAUUCGGUGGAUAGGAUCUGAUCUUAGCAAUUUUGGAGCAGUGCCCCAACAGAAGAAGCUACAGGAGGAACUUUCUGACUUAUCAGCGAUGGAAGAUGCUCUGGAUGAGUUAAUUAAGGAUUGUGCUCAGCAAUUGUUCGAGUUAACAGAUGACAAAGAAAAUGAAAGACUAGCAUAUGUGACAUAUCAAGAUAUUCAUAGCAUCCAAGCCUUCCAUGAACAAAUUGUUAUUGCGGUUAAAGCUCCAGCAGAAACCAGAUUGGAUGUUCCAGCUCCCAGAGAAGACUCUAUCACAGUCCACAUACGGAGCACCAAAGGACCUAUUGAUGUUUACCUGUGUGAAGUGGAACAGAAUCACUCAAGUAGUAAGACGUCUGAAGGUGUAGGGACCUCUUCCUCUAAGGGCAAACAUCCAGAACGCCCUGAUAAAGAAGAAAAUCCACCACCACAAAGCGAAGAGUUGCUUGAAGUAAGCAACUGACAGCAUUGGAGACUUCGUGUGUUGAGUUUUCUUUGGAACAUCGUAUGUGGGUGAAUUAUGCAUCAGAUUUGAUUCCCAGCAAUAAUCAUCAUGAAGUUUUCCCUUCUCAGUUAGUAGCAGCGUUAUGGCCCGCUGUAUUUUUGAGUAGUUCGCCACUUAGAUUACUGGGUAAUUAUGGUUUCCGCUUUCAGAAACAACUCUUUUUAUAAUUAUUCACUGCUUUUGUCAGUGAAAUAGACCUCUUGCCUACUGAAAUAACUUCAUCACAAAGAGUAUCACUGAAACAGGUGGUCAGGCCUGAAAUGGACAGUUCUUCGUGGACUCUGCCCUUUCCUCAAGGAUCAUGUGUCAUCAUCACAGAAGAAGUUGCCUUACACGGGUUCAUGUCUGCAGUUAGCUGUUGUACACUGGAUGGGUGCUCACACCCAUCUAAAUGUGAUGUCUUUGUAUAUAUUUGUAUAAUGUUUAGAUUACUUAUGAAAUAUGUCUAAGUGAAACUUUUCACCCUUGUACAGCCAAAAGAAUGUAUAUAUGGAAAGUAACAGACAAAUUCUCUAAUUUCUGUGGUAUCUAUAACUUAUUAGAAUCCUCUGAAUGAGGGUUAGAGGAGAGUUUUUUCCUAACUUCUACAUGUAGAAGUAUCAUAAAUGUGCUAUACAUUUAAAGUUCAUGGAUUUAAUUAUAGUCUUUCAAUAUGGUUCCCAGUGCUAAAAUUGGAUUUCAAGCUCCCUGCAGAGUCAUUGUGUCCCAGCAGACUAGGGGCAUGCCCCAAGGCUUUAGGGGCAAGUAUAGAAAUGCCAUCAGGUAAUGGCUUAAUUCAUUGCAAGGCAUGAAUUGAAUCAUGGUGAAAAUUGGAAACUAUUUUAACCUUUUUGCAAGCAGACUUUGUAAUAUGUUUCUGUAUGUAGCCUUGCUCCUUAAUCAGAAGGGUUUACUUAUGAUGAGUUAGUUGUACCCUGCCCUCUCUCCAGCUCUAAUCCCACAUUUCCAAGUACCUGGCUGUUUCUACCUCAUUGGGUAAGUCGUUUACCACUCUGUGCCUCCGUUGACUCAGUAGUUUACCAUUAGACUGUGAGCUCCUUGAGGGACUUUGUCUUAAUCAUUGUUAUACCCACCGCUUGCCUGGCACAUAAGAAGUGCUCGAUAAAUGUUUGAACCAAUCAGUGACUGAAGGAGUGAAUUGUGAAAUUAGACCAAUAAUACUUGGCUUGCGAGCAUCAUUCAAAUUUAUAUUUUAAACCUCUUGCUUUCAAAGAAAGACUGGAAGCAACUUGAAAUUAAGACCAUGUAUAAAAAGAUUUAACAUAGGAAUCAAAAAUCAAAACAGUGAAAAAUAACACUGAGUGUUUAGGAUUCACAUACCUCUGAGCUCCAGCAGCUUUUGCUAGUCCUGUCCCUCUGCUGAACACCAGACCCCUUCCUCCUACAGUCCCUGCUGGCUGCUUUCUGUGGGCUUGGGACUGCUCUCCGUGCUCCUCGUGUUGCACAUGCUGCAUGAACGUGCACGUUUAGGCAGGAGUUGUGUAUGUGUAGCUCCAGUGCUCAGUGGAGAGAUCUGAGCUCUGCAUAAUAGAUUUGGCAGAUGUCAGUUUAUAUGUGGUAGCUAAAACCAUCAGAGUGGAUGAGGUCAUCUAAUGAGAGGAUAUAGCAGGAGCAGAGGAGAGGCCCAUGAACAUCUAUAUAUAUUUAAGGGGAAAUAGAGAAGAAAAAGCCUUCCCUGAGAAGGGAUAAUGAGAAGAGGGGAAAAAAACAACUAAAGAAGAUAGUGCCCCAAAACCAACCACGGAAGCAUGGCAUUGCAAAGGUGAGGGCGUCGGUGCUGAGAGCAGCUCCUUACUUGUGAAAUGUGAUCAGUGUUCUACUUUACAAACUGUUCUGAGGGUAAAAUGAGAUCAUGUAAGUGAAAGUCCUUUGUGAACUGUAGAUGUGUUGUAUAAAUGAAUGUUUCUCUCUCAUCACUCCA